CAUCUUUGGUUUCUCUUUUGUCUGUACCGAACCGUCACCAUCCCUUUCGUUUCUGGGUAUCAACAGCGUUGGCUACAGACAUUCAAUUACGUUUCUCCUCGAUCGAUUGUCUGCUAAUCAUGGAGAACUACCAGAAGAUGGAGAAGAUAGGCGAAGGGACGUACGGUGUGGUAUACAAAGCUCGAGACCUCACCUCGAACAAAGUCGUCGCCCUCAAGAAGAUCCGCCUCGAGGCAGAGGAUGAAGGUGUCCCAUCCACCGCCAUUCGAGAGAUCUCCCUCCUCAAAGAACUGAACAACCCCGCUAUCGUCCGCCUACUGAACAUUGUUCACGCCGACGGUCACAAACUCUACCUCGUCUUCGAAUACCUCGACCUCGACCUCAAGAAGUACAUGGAAUCGCUGCCCGUCUCGGACGGUGGACGAGGAAAACCCCUUCCAGACUCCGCGGUGGGUACCACGCUCAGCACGCUCGGACUGGGUCCGGAUAUUGUCAAGAAGUUCAUGGUGAACCUGGUGGAGGGCAUACAGUACUGCCAUUCGCACCGGGUGCUGCAUCGGGACUUGAAGCCCCAAAACUUAUUGAUCGACCGGGAUGGGACUCUGAAGCUGGCAGAUUUCGGACUUGCACGGGCGUUCGGCGUUCCAUUGCGAACAUAUACUCACGAGGUUGUCACUCUCUGGUAUCGUUCUCCCGAGAUCCUCCUUGGAGGCAAGCAGUACUCUACUGGUGUCGAUAUGUGGUCCGUCGGAUGCAUCUUUGCUGAAAUGUGCACCCGGAAACCGCUGUUCCCCGGCGACUCGGAGAUCGACGAGAUCUUCAAAAUCUUCAAGCUUCUCGGCACCCCGAGUGAAGAGAACUGGCCAAGCGUCUCAAGCUUCCCGGACUACAAGUCCACAUUUCCCCAGUGGCAACGAAAUUGGGAAAAUCCUCUCGUCCCCGGUCUCGACGACCACGGCCUCGACCUGCUCGAUCUGAUGCUCGCCUUCGAUCCCUCCAUGCGCCUCUCCGCCAAGCAAGCGCGAGUCCAUCCGUACUUCUCGAGCGGACGAUCCCGAAUCAACGGCACCAACGGGAUCCACGGAAUCAACGGCACGUACCAGUAAAUAUCGCGCGUUCUCAUCCCUGUUGUCGACGCGCGCGGCCGUCGCUUCGAUAUGAUCACGAAACGAUUUCCUUCACGACGGGUAACGCAUCAUGGAAUGGUUGGAAUGGGCGGGGAGGGGGGCCAACAUGGUGAUGACAGUGGGUUUUGCAUAUGUACAACGGUGGGCGGAAGGGAGUCGGCCGGAUUUCCUCGUCGAGGACGACACUGCGCGGGUUUCCUUGGUUCAUUUUCCUCAGCGCCUUUGGCUCGGACAGCAUUGAUAUUGGAGGACCGUGUCAGCAAUUGGUAUCGCAGUCGCCAAUGGGCGUACGGAGCAUGGAUUACGAGCGAACAUUAGCAGGUUCGUGUGAAUCAAUCCGAAUAAGAUUGU